AAGUAGGAUUAAGAGCCAUCUGCACGGCCAGGGGAUCUCUAAAUGUUUCUGUCAUGCAAGCGUAACAAAGGAUUUGCUGAUGUGGCAGUCAGAUUAGGAGCUGUACCUGCAGCCAUAUCACCGUGGAGGCCUAACCAGGAAAAACAGGCUGGAGACACAGAUCUGGGUGCAACAACAGCAGCAGGGCAGAAGCCCCGGUUUAUUUACAAAAACCUACUUUUAUACUUUUACUAUGAGGCCUGUGGAUUGGAGGAAGGAAUUCCCACCUCCACAUCACAUUGGUGAAGGGGACUGUCACACAGUCUUGUUUGUCCCGGCAGAGAAUGUAAAAACAAUGGCUAUGUUUAUAGAACAUAGCUGAUGUUUACAUUAAAAGAGCGUGAGAAGGUACGAACUUCUCCUUUAAUAUGAGCGCUCAGCAAAACCGGGAAAAACUCAUGGCAACACAGCCAAGCCUUCUGAGCUGUGCUGGGUAGAAUCAUAGAAUGGUUUGGGUUGGGAAGGACCUUAUAAACCAUCUUGUUCCAACCCCUGCCAUGGGCAGGGACACCUUCCAUUAGACCAGGUUGCUCCAAGCCCUGUGCAACCUGAUCUUGAGCACUUCUAGAGAUGGGGCAGCCAGAGCUUCUCUAGGCAAGCUGUGUCAGUGCCUCCCUGUCCUCACAGGGGAGAAUUUUUUUUGUAACAUCCCAUGUAACCCCGCUGUCUGUCAGUGGGAAGCCACUGCCCCUUGUCAAAGUCCCUCUCUAGCUGCAGAAACAAUAUUUGCCAUAGCAAGAGACAAAGCAAGUUCAAGUGUGAGUGAUCCUAUGCACAGCCCAAGGCUUUAGUAUCCUUAAUUACCACCUUGACCAAUUUCUGUUUCCCUGGAAGAACAGGCAGGUUUUAGGGAAUCUGAUUUGUUGUGAUAUUUCAGGUGCAGCUGAAGUUGCUCUGUAAUACAACUGCUUGCACAGUGUGUGUUCAGGGGGAGUACCUUUAGUGGUUAUAACAAUGGUGGUGAUAGAGGUUUUGGUUUUUUUCUGAAUGGAGGACUAGUUCCAAAUUCAGUUAAGAUCUGACAUUGAAGGGAGAAAGAAAAUGUUUACAGUACAAAUGGCUGUGUGGCUGCUCUGACCUGUAUUUCUUUAAACUGUUCUGUACUGAAACUUGUGUUCCACAGUAUCAACAGGCAAUAUUCUUUUAAAGAAUUAUAUUGAGCAUGCAUAAACAGGAAGUUGAAGAAACCUUUGAUGAGAAUUUCUGCAUCCGCCUCAACCCGGCAGGGAGGAAGAGAUUUUCAUGUUGAACGAGGAUCUGAAGCACCAAAGGCUCAGUGACUCCACUUCUCCUUGCUGUGCUGUGCCACAUGAAUCAGUCCUCUCAAGAUGAAUAUCGCAACACUAACAUGCCAAUAAUAUUACAUUAAAUAUUGUUUCAGGAUUUUCUAUCACCUUUUAUAGAGUCUUAGAAUGUUAAGGGAUUGGAAUGGACCUUAAAGAUCAUCUACUCCCAACCUCCCGUGCCAUGGGCAGGGACACCUCCCACCAGCCCAGGUGCUCAAGGCCUUAUCCUACCUGGCUUUGAGCACUGCCAGGGCUGGGGCAUCCACAGCAUCCCUGGGCAACUUGUGCCAGUGUCUCACCACCUUCACAGGGAAGAAUUCCUCCCUGUUAUCUAACCUAAAUUUCCCCUCUUUCAAUUUUCACCUUGUCCUAUUAUUACAGUUCCUGAUGAAGAGUCUGUCUCUGGCUUUCCUGUAGCCCCCUUCAGAUCCUGGAAGGUGCUCUGAGGUUUCCACAAGAGCUUUCUGUUUUCCAGGCUCAACAGCCCCAACUCAGCCGGUGUUCAUAGGGAGGGUGCUCCAGUCUCCUUAUCAACUUCGUGGUCUCCUCCAGCAUUUCCACGUCCUUGUGUUUGGCACAGCCAGAACCGCACACAGUUGUGGUUACCAGUUUACAGUAACAGUACACAAUCUUGGUGUCACCAUUAAAACUCAUCUCAAAGGCAACGCCAAGAGAAUUGACUUAACGAUCCGGUUAUUCCAUCCUCUCUCCGGAGCCGCCGUUUCCGUGCGGAUGCGCCGUGCCGGGGCUGGCGGGGCUCGGGCCGGCCGUUGGCCGCUCGUGCGGCCGCACGGCGCCGCGGGCGGUUACCGGGGGCGGUUACCGCCGCUCGGGGCCGUUCGAAUCGCCCAAUGGUGGAGCCGCGGGCGACGCGGCGGCGGCGGCGGCCUUGCGGCCGUACCCCUUGUCUCUGCUGCGGGCAUCCUCACCCGAGCUCGAUCCACUGCCGCCCCUGCAGCUCCCGCCGCGCCGAUGGAGAACUGAAGUGGCUGCGGGCACCGCGCGGCGCCAACUUGUGUCUCUCAUCUAUCCAUGAAAAAACUACCUCUUCUUCCCCCAAGAGCGUGUCCAGAAAAGUCAGAAGCUUGAAACUAACUCAAAAACAGAAACAGAAAUCAAAAGGGGAUGGUGUGCGAACCGUGAGGGUGAAAACUAAGGCCCCUUGGAUACCCCCAGGCAAAACAAGUACCCGUGAUACCAUCUUGAAGUGGGAGCAAGAAUCAGCUGAGCGUCACGAAGCUGUGCCUAAUCCUGAGUGUGAGAAGAUGCAGUCGGUGCUGCGCCUCAGUGACCUCUCCACGGACGACGAUGCUGCUGCUUGCUGCAAAAUUAACCAGUAUGAAAAGAAGAUAGAUAACCUGAUGAAUAUGGUGGGAACACUGAAGAAAGAGGUCAAGAUGCAGAAAAUGGAGGAACAGGAGGAAAUGACAAUGCGACUCCUGGAGGAGCAGAAGGAGGAACUGAAUGAGGUCACACAAGAGCUGGUUCAAACAGAGAAUGAGAACAGUCGGCUCCGGCGCAACAUCGAGCGCAUAAAGGAGGAGAAGGACCUGACUGUGCUAGAGAAGGAGUGCUUGCAGCAGGAGAAGGAAUGUUUGAUGACCAAGCUGAAUGAAGCAGAAAGGGAUGGAGCAGCAGCUGCCAGACAGAUCCACGCCCUGAAAAAUACCAUUGGGAGGCUCAAUGUUGAGAAACACAUGAGCAGCACAGAUAUAUGUGCUCUAACAAGACAAAAAGAGCUUCUGCUGCAGAAAUUGAGCACCUUUGAAGAAACCAACCGAACGCUCCGAGAACUUCUUGCAGAGCAGCAGUGCAGGGAGAAAGAUGCCCAGAAGGUUCUGGAUCGGCAAGCAGUGCUGCUGAAAAGGCUGGCUGACUCAGAUGCAGAGAACAUGCAACUUCAGAUCAGGCUUCAGGGAAAAGAAAAGGAAUUGGAAAGCCUCACAAUUCAGAUAGUGACAGAAAAGGAGCAAGCAAAGAAAGCCUAUGAGCUCGCCAAAGCUCUGGAGAGUGUGAAAGCCCAUUUACAAGCCCAGCUGCGGAGCAAAGAAGUUGAGAACAACCGUCUGGCCACACAGCUGCGGAAUGUGGAGAUCAGUGAGGCUCAGCUUAAGGAAGAGCUGGAACUUGCCCUGGAACAGCAGAAGGACACGAAGAUGAAGGGGGAUGAUGAUAAAGAGGCCCUGAAAAAAGCGAUCCGUGCACAGAAAGAGCGAGCAGAGCGGAGUGAGGAGUAUGUGCAGAGACUGACUUGCCAGCUAGCAGAAAAGGAAAGUGCUAUUGCUGAGGUCCAGGCCAACCUCGAGUCCUGGAAGACUCGCUGCAGCAAAAUAGUGAAGGAGAAGGAUGACCUUGAACUGGAAGUUGUUACACUGAACAGCCGUGUUGCAGACUUGGUGGAACAAGUGGCAAAGGUCAAGGAAAAGGCACGGGGCGAACAUGAAGCUUUGGAUGAUAAAAUGCAGCAAAUGACUGGAGAGAACAAUUCUUUGAAGAGAGAUAAUGAAAAACUGAAGGCUGCUCUGAACUCCAUGGAGGAUAAGCUGAACCGAGCGCAGAUGGAACUGACGCAUCUCCAGAACUCUGUCAAGAGCUAUGAAGGGUUGAUUGAAACCUACACAGCACAGGCACAGAAGGCCCGAAAGGAAGCAGAUGAGCUGGCAGAAAGACUGGAGAGAAGUGAGCUGGAGAACCAGACAAUAAGGGAUGAAAUGAGCAAGGAGAUUGAAGAGGCUCGUGAUAAGUUGCAGAACCAGCUUUCUGAUCUGGAAAAACUGCCCGAGAUCCUGAAGUACACUGAGACACAGCUGGCAGAGUGCCAUCAGCAGCUCAUGGGUUAUGAGAAGAAGAAUACAGACCUGUGUGCCAUGAUUGGAGAUCUCCGUCAGCUGAUUGACCUCCAGGGGGAGAAAAUGGAGAUGACAAGAGAGAGAUAUCAGUCUGCCCAUGAGGAGAAAAAGCAACUCACCUUGAAGGUGGAGGAGCUAGAAAGAAAACUAGAGUCCACGAGUGCCCAGAACAUAGAAUUCCUUCAGGUCAUAGCAAAACGUGAGGAGUCGAUCCACCAGUGUCAGCUGCGGCUGGAGGAGAAGAGCCGCGAGUGCAGCGCCCUGGCACGACAGCUGGAGAUGGCCAUUGAGGAUGCCAAGAGACAAGUGGAACAAGCUCGAGAACGAGCAGUCUCCAGAGAGAGGGCAGCCCAGUCCAAGAUGUUGGAUUUGGAGACCCAGCUGAGCAGGAAUAAAACAGAGCUGAACCAGUUGCAUCGGAGCAAAGAGGAUGCAGAGCGCCGAUACGAAAGCCGCCUCCAGGACCUGCGGGAUCGGCUGGAGCAGUCGGAGAGCACCAACCGCAGCAUGCAGAACUACGUCCAGUUCCUCAAAUCCUCCUACGACAACGUGUUUAGGGAAACUGCUUUUCUGGGCUCCCCCAGCCAUGCUCGCUCUCUUCUCUGAGGGCAACGCUCCCCUUGCGCCUUUUUUAAGCACACAGAAGGAGGUUUGUUUCAAAAGCCAUAUUGAUAGAGAAAACUGGAUGGCGUUUCAGGGUCACCGUUGGGAGAUUUUUUUAUUGCAGAAUGAGAAAAUAAAAUGAUGUUGGCAUGUGAUCAAAAUGUGGGGUAUCAGCAAUACUGGUUUGGUGCUGGAGGUUGGUGUUACACCAUAAAUUGAGCCCCCAAACCAGGUGGUUUGGCAUAUAAUGGAAAAGAUCCUUUUCCUCCUGCUGGGUCAUGAUGGUUUCAGCUCCUAAAACCUAUCAGAGGUUUGUUGAAUGUGUUAAUUUUUGUAAGAGCUCUCUUCGUGCUUCACUUCUCAUUUGGUUUCUCUGUUGGGGUUAUCAUGUGGGGGUUUUUUGCUUGUGGGAUUUUUUAAAUAAUUUUUUUAUACUUUUGAUGUGAUGCUGAAAAUAACUGAGGAGCCUGGGCUCUACACUCUCAAGAGAUAAGCACAACCACAGUGUUUGUAACAAUUUUAUACCAGAAAUUAUGAGUUUGGUUUGAUUUUUUAUACUUGAUUCUUGUAUACACCCUGAUCCUUACCUUUAUUUGUGAGUGUGAUGCUAAUACUGCUUUACUCCUCUUACCAUGAUUUUCUGAUCCUGAGUAUACCCACCCAGGACUGAGCCAAAACAAUCUAAAUUUGAAGGAAAUCAGUGUCACUUCAUUUGGAAUCUUGGUGCAAAUGCCAUGUGAGUUCUGGGUGUGCAUGAAAUCCUGACUUUGUCUUCAGCCAACUAAGGAGCAGCUGCAGAUAAUCAACUUCUUCAUUGAAUUCCCCUGCACCUUGUGAAAAAUCAGGUCAUUCGUGUGUCAAGUCUGUAAAGUCCAUGUGCUCUCUAGUGUCUUAUUGUUUCUACUAAAUGGUUUUUAGGAGUACAAAAAUAAACCUUGUUUUUAUUUUUCUCUCUUUUGUAUCCUAUUUAUGUGCUACGUGAUGUGGUCAUUGGCAGUACUUGUCAUAAAGGUUUUCUAAACUAAUCAGUUUUCAAAAGAUCUGUAAUUGCAUAUGUUUAACACUUUAAAAAUUCCAGAACUGCUGAGGGAGAAACCAAUAAAGUACAUUUUAAUUGUUUA